AAAAGAUGAGGAAGCGAUUUGGGGAAAAUGGAAGGGUUUUAGGGCUAGAAGAAAUAGCUUGAUUCUGCUACCUCUGAAAAAAUCAGAGAAGAAUCAAUGGAAGACGGUGAGAUAGAAGAGGGUUCAAUCCCUAUGGCGGAGGAAGAUGAACCAGCCUUCGCCCACUCCCCAGAGCAGAGCAAGCCGGAGGAAUCACCCUACGAAAUGCUGCUUAACAGCAAAGCUUCCGUCGAGAACAUCAUCGCCGAGAUCCUCUCCAUCAAGAAAGAAUCCAAACCCAAGUCACACCUUCGCGAUCUCGUCACUCAGAUGUUCCUCCACUUCAUCAUUCUCCGCCAGGCGAAUCGCUCUAUUUUGUUGGAGGAGGAUCGCGUGAAAAUGGAAACGGAACGGGCGAAGGCGCCGGUGGAUUUUACCACCCUGCAGCUGCACAACCUGAUGUAUGAGAAAACUCACUACCUUAAAGCUAUAAAGGCUUGCAAAGACUUCAAGUCGAAAUAUCCCGACAUUGAUCUCGUGCCCGAGGAAGAAUUCUUUCGUGACGCUCCCCAAGAUAUUAAGGACUCGGUUAUGUCGAAGGACAGUGCCCAUAAUUUGAUGCUGAAGAGGCUCAAUUUUGAGUUGUUCCAGCGUAAAGAGCUCUGCAAACUUCAUGAGAAACUGGGACAACAAAAGAAAGCCCUUUUGGAGACUAUUGGAAACCGAAAGAAGUUCCUUACAAGCCUCCCUUCGCAUCUCAAGUCUCUUAAGAAAGCAUCCUUGCCAGUACAAAACCAACUAGGACUUAUGCAUACAAAGAAACUAAAGCAGCAUCAAUCAGCAGAGUUGCUUCCACCGGCUCUUUAUGUGAUUUACUCACAGCUGUUGGCUCAAAAAGAGGCCUUUACAGAACCCAUUGAUGUGGAGAUUCUAGGAAGCCUGAAAGAUGCUCAAGCUUUUGCUCGCAUUCAAGCUCACAAAGACACUGGCAUUUCCUCGGGUAAUGAUAAUUCCAAAUUGGAAGAUGAUGUUCCUGACGAAGAAGAAGAUGGUCAAAGACGAAGAAAAAGGCCAAGGAGGGUACAAGUCAAGGAGAGCCCUGAUCAGGGGGGAAUCUUUCAAGUUCACCCACUUAAAAUCAUUAUCCAUGUGCAUGAAGAUGAGACUUUUGAUGCUAAACAUGCAAAACUCAUCACUCUAAGGUUUGAGUACCUGGUGAAGUUGAAUGUUGUAUGUGUUGGAACAGAAGGAUCUGAUGAUGGUACUGACAAUGACAUUUUAUGCAAUUUAUUCCCCAAUGAUACAGGACUCGAGCUUCCUCACCAGUCAGCCAAACUCUUUGUUGGAGAUGCUGUAACAUUCAAUGCUCAAAGAGCUUCACGUCCCUAUAAAUGGGCUCAGCACCUGGCAGGAAUUGAUUUCUUGCCUGAGGUUUCUCCGCUGCUUCUUAAUGACAACAGUGAGGCAACCAAGAGUGAAGAUGUUAUAUCUGGUCUUUCACUAUAUCGUCAACAGAACCGAGUACAGACAAUUCUACAAAGAAUUCGCUCAAGGAAAAAAGCUCAGUUGGCUCUUCUGGAACAGCUAGAAUCUCUUAAAAAGCUUAAGUGGCCUCUUUUGUCCUGCAAAAGUGUUCCAUGGGCUUUGCAUACUCCUUUGUGCAACUUGGAUGGUUGGUCACCUGUAAGAGCCCUCCCUGUACCUAAUGAGGCUUCGUCUAUGGCCAUCAUAGAAAUAGAGAAGCAUACUCAGGAACCCAUGGAUGUUGAUGUAAUUGAACGUUCUGGUGCCACAAAAGAAGAACUGGAGAGUUUAAGGGAAGAUGGGGAGCUUCCAACUUUACUUCCUAACACUUCUAAGUUUGACCGUUCCAAGCAAGUGAGCUUAAUUUCAAAAAGUCCUCCACUCAAUAAAGCUAGGUCACAGAGUUUCAAAAAAGUUGAUGAUAAUUCGGAUUUCCUGCUGGAUACUGAAAGUGAUUUUGAUGAGCCAGCACAUAUUGAACAAGAACAUGAAAAUAUAUCAUCUGAUUACUGUGCUAGAAAGUCUGUAUCAUGGAUUGAUUCUGGAGUCAAAGAAUUUGUCCUUGUUCUUAGCAGAAAAACCAAUGCAGUUGAGAGGAAUGUGAACUUAGAAGCCAAGAUAAAGGUCAGUAUGGAAUAUCCUCUAAGGCCUCCUCUUUUUGCAUUGAGUCUUUGCUGUAUACCUUCUGGGGAAAAACAUGACGAGAAUGAUGGACUGGAGUGGUAUAAUGAACUUCGUGCAAUGGAAGCAGAGGUCAACCUACACAUUCUAAAGGUACUACCUGCCAAUGAACAAAAUUAUGUAUUGGCUCAUCAAGUGAGUUGUCUUGCUAUGUUGUUCGACUACUAUUUGGAUGAGGCAUCUCCAUCACCUGAAAGGACAAAUUGCACUUCAGUCAUUGAUGUUGGCUUAUGCAAGCCUGUUAGUGGUAGGUUCCUGGGUAGAUCUUUAAGAGGAAGGGAUCGCAGGAAGAUGAUCUCCUGGAAAGACAUGAAAUUUUCGUCUCCUGGCUAGAUCUUUCAGAGGUGAGAAUCGCAAUAAUGAUCUUCUGUGAAGACAUAAAAUUCACUUGAAUUUGCAAUGUUCACCUCUCAAAGUGACAAAUCGGUGCUAAUUCUAUAGAUGACAGUGAUAUGGUGCUUAUCUUGACUACUGUGCGGAUAAAGAAAUUGUUGUACCUCUCUUUUGUGCAUUCAGCCAACCAUGGGACAUCAUUGCUUGACUUUUCAACAAAAAUUGUUGUGAUACUAUGCUCGAUUUUGAAGGGUCAUUUAAGCAGCUGAUUAUUUGUGAUUCUGAUUUAAUGUCUACACGGGUUUCAGCAUGAGGGGUGUCACGGGUGGAAUUUCUUAGGAUUCUUAUAAUUUUUUAUCAUCUUUGAAUUGACAAUAAAGAGGAAAGACCAGAUUUAUUUUCCCAAUAGCUGGAAUUUCAGGGCAUUAUUGCAACUGCAUCAUAUCGAAUUCUUUUCUGAUACAUCUUUCCAUGUACUUGUAUGAACAAUUUUUUAUCCAAGAAACUUAGUGUGUGUUUGGAUGA